GGUCUUAGUCCUGCUUCUUGGAGGACCCACCCCUGAAGGCCUUGGGGUUUGGUUGCACACACAGGCUGCAGUUUCAGUUUGUUUUAUUCACCAUUUUGAGUAGCUGAAGGAAAAAAAAAAAAAUUAAGAAUAUUUUUGGAGGUUUUUUUUCUGGAGGACAAAGUCGCUGCUUCGUUGUUUUCAUUUUGACGCUCGGACGGUGCGAGUUGUGCGCACUAACCGUCGCUCCCAACGUGUCCAGCAGAGCGGGAAUAUAUCUCUCUAUCUACAUAUAUUUCUUUUCUUUUUGUCCUCCUCCCUCCUGAGCUCUUCUCUCCCUCUUCCCCUCCUCCUCCUCUCUCACAUCCUUUAACCUUCUACAGUAUUCCUGCAAAAUGUCCAGACCAGUGAGGAACAGGAAAGUGGUGAACUACUCACAAUUCAACGAGUCUGAUGAUGCAGAUGAGGAGUAUGGUGAGAAUAAGGCUAAGAAGGUGCGCGCACCGCCUCGUGAGCCCAAGCACAAGCGCACAAGGAACUCACAGGAAGACAGUGAGGACUCUGAAGAGAAGGUCUCUAAACCCAAAAACGAUUCAGCAGCAGAUGACUUUGGCAGUGAUGAGGAAGACAAUGACUUUGGAGAGGAGGAGGAAGAAGAUGGAGGAAGCGACUACGAAGAAAAAAAAGGCAAAAAGGGAAAGAAAGCCAAGGUGGAGAAGCCCGCCAAGAGAGGGCCGAAGAGAAAACGGCCUGCAGAUGACAGUGACGAUGAGAAGGAAGUGAGUCGAAAGCGUACCGUGCGCCAGGCGGCCUCCAAGGCUGUGUCCAAACAGAGGGAGAUCCUGCUGGGCGACGCCGGCAGCGAGGAUGAGGAGCGAGAAGACCAAGAGGAACCCUACAAUGACCCCGACGAGUCCGGCAGCGACGAGGACUUCAUGGUGGAGGAUGAUGAUGACAGUGACUACGGUCGCUCCAAGAAGAGAGGCAAGAAGGUGAUCCGACGGGGACGGCCGGACAAGAAGGAGAAGAAGAGCCCCAAGCCCCGACUAAAGGCCACAGUGACCCCCAGCCCGAUGAAAGGAAAGGGGAAGGGGCGCCCUAGCGCCAAGGCCGUGGAGAAGAGCUCACCCAAAGAGGAAGAAGAGGAGGACCCCGAGAGUCCCCUGGAGGAGGAAGAGGAGGAGGCAGAGAAGAAAGAGACCUCCCCCGCCCCCAAGACGACGAAGGAGGCCGCGGGAGGAGAGGAGGAGGAGGAAGACGAGGAGGAGGAGGAUGGCUCAGAAGAGGAGGCGCCCUCUGGAGAAGACUAGAAGAUGGUACCCAGCUGAAGCCCAUCCUCCACGUCUCUAUCUCUGUCUCUUCUCAAAGUUUUUGUUUUCUUCUUUUGUUGCUCUGCCUUUAGAGGUUUUUUUUGUUUUUUCUUCUCCUGGUGGCCUGGCUCAAUGGUUUGGACUUGGUGUGCUUUGUCUUGUUUUGCUUCUCUCUCCCCCCCCUCCACCCUUCUCCAACCAAGACAUUGUGCUCAUGUGAUCAUCAUGUAAGGAGUCACAACAUUCAGCCUUACCCACCCUCCUGUCUUUAUCAUGAAACUCAGCAUUUUAGUGUGAAAAUCCACAGUUUCUGCCUUUCCCAGAGCUCCGUGCUGGUGAGCGUCCGUCCUGAGUGUCAACACGUUCACCGUUUUUCUUUCUCCUCCCCCUCCGGGAUUACCAGUGAUUAUCAGCCACACGCAGUUUACUUUACUGAUAUCUGCGAUUACUGGGAGUAUUGUUCAGAGAGCUUCUCAGUAACCGUCACUAAAGCGCUGUAUUUACAAAGCGACGCUAAGUCAACACGCGCCGGGCUGAACGAAGCCGUCACCCCCCUCUCUUUGGUACUUUGUGCUUUUUAAAACCAGGAGCAUGUUUUUUUAACAGGGCAGCGUUUAGUUAGGUCGUUGUUUUAAAAAAGAAAACCUGUUCUUUUCAGUUAAAGCCUAAAGCUUCUUUUAAUUGUAUUAUUCCUUUAAAGAUCCACCCUGCUUGUUUCAGACUGUAUCGGUGCUGAACUCUUGUCGUGUGGCUGCUGCUGCUUCGUAGAUCUGUUGGAAGGUGUGCCGUGUCGACCGGCGGAGAGACGCCGGACUGCCACCAUCACACGUUUCAAGCCAGCAUGUGUGUGUUUUUAUGUACUUGUUUAAAAUUUGUGUGCUUGCGAGGGGGGGGGGACUUCCUGUAAGAGGGUCUGGCUUGUUUCAUCUGCUGCCUAUGUUAAAAACGGUUUUAUGUUGGGCUUUCUGACGAUGCACCAUGCUACGUGAAGCGCCCCCCUCCUCCCCACCUCCCUGCAUGGCUGCAGCAUCUUCUCAACAUUCAACCCCUUGUGCCAGGCACCCCUAAAAAAAUCUUUUUUUUUUUGUUAUUUUUAUUUUUAUGAAAUGCAAGAAGAGAUGUUCCUUUUCUUUUUUUUUUCCUUUUUUUUUUGAGAGUUAAAAAAAAAAAUGAAUGUUGUUUUUUCUCCUGUUGGUUCAUUGUUUUAAUUCUCUAUUCAGAUUUUUUUUUUGUAAUGUUUGUUUUUUAAGAAAAGAAAUAAAAUGUAUCUUGAUUUUAAAGAAAAAAAAAGUCGACCCUAUCCAAUCUGUUCAGCCAUCCCUCCCUUUAUUUACUCCUGUACAACCCCCCCAGUCCCAUCAGCUUAAUGGUUACAUGUUUUUCACCUAUUAGUAUUUCACAAGCAGAAUUACACCGUACUGAGGCGCAGAAAAGAUUGAAAUAAAGCGGGCAGCUCAGUAAAUAUCCGGCAUUCGUUUGUCUGUUAAUGCCUUAAUUUUUCAUUGAGUUCAGUUCCGGUAGUGGCUCUGAUGUCGUUGGAGGCCUUGAGAAUGUAAUCUGUCCUCGUUGUUUUAGGUCUUUCAGCAAAUUAGGCUUUAGGACAAGUCAACAAUUUGUACGAUCAGCCGACCAUCCAAAGCCAUAAACGAUCUCAAAACUAGUGACUCGGAGAUCAGGUGCAGAACUCGUGAGAUUGUCCUUUUUUUUUCUCGAUAAGAAGUGUUUUGAUGUCAAAACAAAAAACAAAAAAAAUAAUAAAGAAAAAGCCUUGGGAAUAUGAUAAUAAUAAUAAAUGCAUUAUUAGGCGUCCCGUCAGGAGAAAUUCUGAUUCGCAAUAGAACCGGUCCUGGAUGUGUACAGGACACGUGAACCUAGUCGUCGGUUCAAAAGCACAUUCAAUUGUUUUACAACUAGCAGGUUAGUGUGUCUUUUCUACGUUCGGGUCCUGAAUUGGCACUAAAAAUGUCAUUUUGAGACGAUCGGAUAUGAAUAAUGAAAAUAAAGUGUGUUUAUACCAACAUGCAGCUCAGAGAGCUCCUUGGAUCAGAUCCUGUCCUGUAGUUCAAAGCGUUUGAGGGGCUUGGACGAGGUUCCUCUCCCAUCAUCCCACACAAGGAGGCACAUGGCACAAGGCUGUGAAUUUCUCUCCUCUUUUUCAUCCAUCCUGAGACUUCUUCUGUUGUACUUGUUUUUGGAUGUUUUUUUUCUAUCUUACCUACCUUCAGUUGUACUGGCGAUGUUAAUGUAAAGCCAAGUUGUGAUUGCUACAGGAGACCAAGUGGAGAAGCUUUUUGUCAGUAGUGUGGAACGGGAACGCUGAACUCUUGAAUCUUUUGCAUGUUGUGGAAAAAAGUGCGAAGCGAUGAUGGUGAUUAUGAUGAUGAUGAUGAUGAUGAUGCUGGUAAUGGCAAUAUUGUGGUCUUACGAAAAAAAAAAAAAAAGUAUUAACAACGACGAUGUUGAUAAUGUUUUGGUUUCCCAGCUUCUAAUAAAGGCAACCUACUUUUUAUACGGA